AUGUCGUUUGCACUCAGGUUUGGCGCAGUGGCAUCACAUCAGCAACUGAUAUGGAAUUCACUUCCCAGAAUUCCUCAAAUAUCCAUACGUCUAGGUCUCCUUGGCCCAUCAUCCUGCCCACAAGAACAUCAACAUCAACAUCAACACCAAGAUAGUCGUUUAUCCGAUCUACAAGAACAACUUGAAUCAGACACUACUGGUGAGCCUCCAUUCAUGAUUGAUAACGGAACAAUAUUACGAGCAGCACCUAAAAAGAAGAUGUCAUAUCGAAGAAAAAGAGUUAAAUUAUAUACACCCGGAAACAAACAAAUUCAACCGUUAAACAAUAUAGUUAGAUGUCCUGCAUGUGGGGCCGUUAAAAGAUCUCAUUUUAUGUGUAUGAAUUGUUUUGUUGAAAUUAGAUCUUUCUUGAAGAAAUUGAAACGUCAAGAUGGUUUAAUUAAGGAUGUUAAUAAAAACCCACAACUGGAUUUAGACCCUGUUGAUGAAAGAAUCAUAUAUCCAGGUAAACGUGAAAGUGAUUAUGAAAGAGAAUUGAAAAGAAAAGAGUGGAUACCACAAAGAGAAGAAGCCCUUUUAUUUGAUAAAAAUCAUAUCGUUCAUAAAAAAAAGUAG